UGUCCCAAAUUUUAUCGUGUGGGUAAGUGUAAUUAUCAAACCAUUUUACGAGGUGUAAUUAAAUCGGCAUUCUUAUCAUUCUGUUCACAUACUGAUGUGUUGUUAUACACUGGGAAAAUAAAUUGGUUUUACGUUUACGCUGUAUACCUACCCAAUCAUUACUUAUAGUGUCUGAACCUGUGAUGCUGUGGUAAACCUGGAGAUGAAAUUAUGCAUUCUUUUGUAAACAUUUAAUUGACGUCAUCAGUUUUGUUUAACUAAUUGUGCAAUACAUUGACGACAGUAUGCCACGGAAGUAAAAACCGCGAAAUAUAAAUUGUGAUAGCGUAUUUAUUUUAGUUAUAAAGUUACGGUAUAAAUAUCUGUUCGAUAAUCUUGUACUCUUCAGUGAACAGAAUAACACAAGAGAGUGUAGGCUGAAGGUACAGGUGUGUGCGUGGAAUAGAAACAAUGGGUAACUUCGCGAAUUCAUUUGUGGUUUAUAUGAUUUGCAUAAGUAUUUGCGGCUUAAAUGGGCAGCGGCGACGUCCGCCACAUAUCGCUCGCCCCAUCGCAUUCGCCAGGGGAGGUAACAUUCAGCAGGGCAACGAUUUCAGUAAAUUUUUUGAUUACCACAAUCUUGCCGAAACCGCAGACUGCGUUCACCACCUCUGCUAUAAUGUUACUAAUUAUCCCAGUGAUACUAUUAAAAAUAUAAUUGCAAAGAAAAAAGAAUAUCACCAUCUUUUUGGAUCUGUUAUUGAGCCAUAUACUCCACCAAGCAUUUUGGCAAAAUCACCGGUAUCCAGCGGAACCGAAGACCGAAAUAUGUGCGCCACACGGCAGUACACACACUAUCCACAGACAGCGCUGAACAAAUUCAGUAAGCGGGUUGUAAUAGUAAAUGUCGAUGACUUUAAGCAAUCGGUUUCGUUCGAAAUCUGCCAAUCGAACGCAAGAUGUUUUAUGGAUGACCAUACUCCUCUUCAUUACGAAACGUCGUGCAAGCAGCAGUAUACCGUCAUUCGAUUAGUGUCCAUCGCAGAGAAUGGAAAUGUGUCUUUGGACAGCGUCCCCGUUCCAUCCAGUUGUGUAUGUACAUAUAGGAGGACAGUUUAAGUGCGAUAAAAUUGUGCUCCUUUAUUUAUUGCUAUGACAAUUAGCUAAGUACUUUUAGUAUUAAGCUUCAAUACUCAUUGCCUCGCAUACUUUUAAAUGAAAUAUUAUAGUUUUUCUUGAUAUCGCAAUAAUUGUAAUCAGUCAAAAACGGUAUCAAUUGUAUACGUUAUUUUAAUAAAAUGUACAUAAUAAAAUAUGCAGUUGUAGUCAGCUGAUGAAGAAGACCA